GUACAAUUAUACACAAAUUUCUCCAUCUCUCUCUAAGGUCUCUUUCUGGUGUGGCCAUCAAACAUUGACAAUUUCUCUUACUUGUUGUGAACGGACUCUCUGUUUUUUUAUCUUUGAAAACUCAAUUUUUUCUUCUUGUUGAUUGCUUCCAACUUAAGAUUUUCCUCCAUAUUAGUUUGGUGAUUUACCAUCCUAACCACUACAAAUGUCCCCUUCUCACCUUUUGUUUCAUGGUUCACUGACUCACUGCAAUAAAGAAUCAUGAGCAGUUAUGUGCUCUUUAGUUUCUGAACAGCUAAUUUGGUAUAUUUGUUGUUUUAGUACUUAACUGUUCUAUUUAUGCAGAUUGUUUAUAUACUUGUUUCAUAUUUGAGAGUGACUUUCAUGCUAGUUUUGUGGUAAAGAUUCAUAUUUCAUAUUUGGAUUCACAAUUGACACAAACGAGCUAUCUAUCCAAAUGACGGUAUCCAAGAUGUUUUCAUACAUUUCUGGCUAUCACCUAUUUAGGGUUCUAGUUUUCGUAAUGAGUUUAGUUUUGUUGGGAUUGUUAUCGCGGCCAUAUCUCAGUGAUGAGUAUUAUUAUUACACAAGUGAUGAGUUUCCGAAUUCAAUGAGAGAUCUCUCAAAAGGGGUUGAUUAUCCCCCUGUUUUCGCUUAUUGGAUUUAUGGUUCUGGAGGAGAGAGUAGGAAGAUAUUGAGGCUGCUAAGAGCAGUGUAUCACCCGAGAAACCAGUACCUUUUGAAACUUGAUGCUAGUUCAUCCAAGUAUGAGAGGAGAGAAUUAGCUCUUUCAGUUCAAUCCCAGAGGAUUUUCCAAGCUUACCGGAAUGUUAAUGUUAUGGGCAGAAGUUAUGCCUUUAAUGAGAUGGGAUCCUCGGCUCUUGCUGCCACGCUUCACGCCGCCGCAUUGCUUCUCAAGAUUGGUGCAGAUUGGGACUGGUUCAUCACAUUAAGGGCUUCUGAUUAUCCACUUAUGACUCAGGAUGAUAUCCUUCAUGCUUUCACUUUCUUGCCAAGGGAUAUCAAUUUUGUGCAUUACACAAGCAACAGUUUCUGGAAGGAGGGGCAAAAAAUUAACCAAAUUGCUGUAGAUCCCAAUCUGUAUGAAGAGAAGAAUACUCCAAUUUUCUAUGCUACAGAGACUAGAGAAAAUCCAGACGCGUUUAAGAUUUUUGGAGGUUCACCUUGGUUGAUUUUAAGCAGAGCCUUUAUGGAGUUUUGUGUAAAUGGAUGGGACAACCUCCCCAGAAAAUUACUAAUGUACUUCAGCAAUGUGGCAUAUCCUCUUGAAUCAUAUUUCCACACAGUCAUCUGCAACUCACCUGAGUUCCAAAACACCACAAUGGACAAUGACUUAAGGUACAUCAUUUGGGACACGAGCCCUACAAACCAGAGACCCCAAGUGCUAAACAGUUCACACUAUGACCAAAUGGUAGCAAGUGGGGCAGUUUUUGCAGGACCAUUUGAAGAAAGUGAUCCAGUGCUAGAAAAGCUUGACCAGGGUAUCCUAAACCGCCUCCCGGACGGAUUGGUGCCCGGAAAAUGGUGCUUGAAUGAGAGUGUAAAUAGUUCAAAGGCUGAUCAGCAUGGUGUUUGUUCAAAUUGGAGUGACAUUAAUGCCAUUAAGGCAUGGCCCUAUGGAUUGAAGCUUGGGAAUUUUUUCUCCAACCUUGCUACACAAGGGAGACUGACAACUAAUCACUGCCACAGUAGGGAUACAUAAAAAAUGUUAGUGGAAAUUUUUAAACUGAUACAAGGAUGUGUGUCAGUCACAAUGUAUCAGAUACAAAUACGUAUGUCAUAAAAGUUUCCUUGAAAGACAUGUUAUAUAUAUAUAUACACAAUAUAUUAUACUCUCUUUCUUCUCUCUCAGAUGGGUGUUAAGUCAUAUAAUUUGUAUUAGUAAGUACAGGAAUUAGAUUAAUUUUGUGUAAUAAUGAUUCUUCUAAUAAAGGAAUUCUUAUUUUUUUUUUUCA